UGUGUGGAGUAUUCCUUUAACAGCUGGAAGCCGUCUAUAGUGCUGAACACUCUCCACGUCACCAUUGUGACUCUGGUCCGGAAUGGAGCUGUGUUUUCAGGGAGGCCAUCUAUGCCUGUUCUGGACUGGAUCAGUAUACCCCACUUUUUGCUGGAACAGAUGGUUUUGAUUGGGUCUCUUGCACUCAAUUUUCACUGUGAUCUGUGGUGGUUUUAUCAUGAGAAUCCAUUCAACCCACAACACGUGAUCGUGAAGGCCGUGUCCAACACCAUCUGCUCAGUGGUGUUCGGACUGUACGAGUACGGAAUCUUUAAUCUGUUCCCGUUUAUGAAACAUUUCCCGGGGCCUCACCAGAGCAUCCAGAGGAAUGUGUCAGAGCUGAAAGGCUUCAUAUCGGAGGUGGCCAGGCAGCACUGGAAGACCCUGGACAGGGACAACCUCUGAUACUCUCUCCAUCAGGUAAUAGUCUAUGAAGUAAGUGACCCAUAGAAGAUGAAGAGUAACUAAGUGACAAAUAGGUCUCUCCA